GUUGUUCUAAUAGCUGCAGCAUUGGCGACGGACGACCCAAUCGCUGCUGAGCUGAAGGCUGCAAAUUGCUCACCAAUAGACGAAGGGACUAGAGUAAAGCUCCUGGGGAAUCGCGGCAGUUUAUUGAUACAGCCGCAGCGUGUCUCGGAGCAUUGAAGAGUUUAGCCGAGGACGACAGUUUUCAUUCGUCCCCGAACAGCUGUUGAUGUCAUUAGCAUUGUUGUCGCAGGAUUAACUCUUUGAGCACCACUUCACAAAGUGAGCUAGCCACUGCUGAUGCUGGUUUUUGUAAUGGUUUCAUGGAAAACUUUGCUUUUCAAGACGUUGUUUGUUUCUGUCUGUUGCCAUUUUCUCACCAAGUUUCAUUCUAAUCUGCUUUUCAAGAAGCCACUCAUCCUGGGCUGACAUCCCAAACACUGUUUUUGUGGCCUUGAUGCUGUUUGCAGACCUCAACAAGAAUUUGGCUGUAAGUUUUCCGGAGGUUUUUAAAACACCCUGGAUUUACUCAUCUGAUAAGUCCGUCUGACAUUUAUGCUUCCCAAGGUAGUAUUUUUUCUCUCUUUUAUCUGCAAGCUAUUUUCAUCGAAAAUCCAGUUUUUAAAGAAAAGAGCCAAUAUUGGAUUUGCUAAUCCGAAAUAAACAUUGUCAUUGGUGGCCAUUGUUGGGAAGGAAGAUCACAUCCAGCUGUUUUAAUCUGUUUUCAAUGCUGUGAUAUAUUUGAGAAAAGAUAGAACUGUUUUGGAAAUAUAUUUGUUUGAUAAGCAGAAUUGGAUUUGUUAAAUACUUUAUCUUUUAGAGAAAAGUGCAAUGUUUAAAUGUGAGAAGAUAUUUCUGAAAAAGUUUCAUCUUUUAUUUCAUCAAUCUGUUCUAAAAAAUUGAAUUUUUCACUCACAGCAAAUUUUGUGGUGACAUUUUUUUAUUUCAUUUCGAUUCAGGAAUGUUCAAUGUACAUGUACAGUUUUAAAAAGACUUUCGUGACACAGAUUGAUUGGGUAUUAUCCUUAUGUUGUAAGAGUCUGGAUGCUGAUUGGCCGAAAAAUAAUUCAGUGUCUUUGGUGGAGUACAGUUAGUUCAUGUCAGUGAAGUGAGCUGGUUUGUUUUGCUCAUGACAAAUUUUGAACUGCGUCACUGUGUUUUCUGUUUCCAAGCCUAUUAAUAUAAAAGCAGCUUUGACUCGCAUUCAACUUGUUCAAGGAGAGUCAGACGGCUGAUUCAAUUUUGAUGAGGAAAGAUUAGAUUACUAAGUCUGUGCACUGUGGGACUUCAGAACUGGCAGCUUUGUUGGCCUUCACCGGACAGCGCGAGGGAUAAGUCAUACAGCAUUCUGCCGUCCCGUUGAAAGCACGCUCCAUCAGUGGUGUUUAUCACUUUAUACAUGUAAGCUGGUAACAGGAUAUUGUUUCAGCCAAUAGCAGCCGACUUUUGCAGGCUCAGAGGAGCGACAUGAUAUAAAUUGCUUAUCCAAAUACUUGAGUCCAUCCAGUGCUCUGCGAGGCUGUUGACAGCAGAGGAUGCCAAGAGUGCUUAAGACACAGAUAAUAGAAGUCAGGGAGAGCUGGAAGGAGUGGCAGACUAGCAACUGAAGUUUAUCAUGCCACACACUUACUGUUGUGCUGUGUUUGUUUUCUUGGCCACAGUUUCAUGAUCUACAAGGAAGGAACUGUAACUCCUCUUUCUGUGUGACAAACAAUUGGGUGCCAUUCACACAUCGUAUCCGUAAAGAGUUUUUAAGGAGACCCACAGAACCUGGAUUUUUUGUCAUAGUGCAAGAAAGGAACCUUUUUCUUAGAGAAAGAUUCGUGUUCCAAGACUGUAUAACAAGGAGAGCUUUGAAGACUGGGAUCUAGGAAAUAAUCAGAGGGAAGAACAGUUAGUUAUACUCAAGAGACAGCUAUCAAUUUCAUCUGCAUGUUUUUGGAAACCUAAAUAACUGGUUCAUUCAGCUGCUUCUGUGAAACACGGAACUAACUUGUCACCUUUGUCAGAGACAAUCAUACUAGAUGGAAAUCAAGCAAUGAGCAGACUUCACUUAUAUAUCAUCAACAGUUUUAAAGAAGUUGCAUUUGAAGAACUAGCCUCUUUUUUGGAACAAUGUUGAGUUUUGAUCUGAGUUGUUUUGGUUCAAAUUUGAAUGUUUAAAAAAAAUCUUUUCAUUACAUGGAAGAGCUCAUUGACAAUUAAGACAUGAGUGAAUUUAAUCUGUGGAGUAAUUAAAUUUUUUAAGAUUUUAGGCUCUGACUUGUGAGGCUUUGAAACCUUUCAUUCUUGAAACUUUUGUAUAAGGAAUUUGUGAGAAAUUCCAACUGGUACGGGAAGAAUAACCAAGUUAGUACUUCAGCUUUUGUGUUCACUUUUCACCAGACACAUCGUAGAAUUUGGAAGUUCGUUAGUUAAACGUCAAAAAGUUUGUUGGCGUCAAUACUUGAUUAUCCAAUUGACAUCUAGAUUCUAUCGCUGUGUGCCCAAAAGGGAAGUGCUUUGAACAGACAAAAACUUGUGGAGAAAGAAUCAUUGAUUUGUGCUCCUUUGAGACACUGGUCUUGCGUGUUUACUUUGAAAAGUGUGGUUUUUCUUCUACCAUUGAAUUCUGCAGAGGUUUUGAAACAGCAAAAAUUUAGACAAGGUAUGCGCCUUGAGAAUAGAAAUAUCAAACUUCACAGCCCUUCAGACACUUUGGAGGGCCAGGAAACGACAGUGGUGGAUUCGCUUUGAAAUUCAGAUUCUGUGGUCAAAGAAUAUUGACUGCUGUUCAUCAUGAUGAAAUAAUUUUAUCCUUGCUUGACCAAGGUUUCUUUUGCAAGGACUAAGAAUUGAAGACAAAAAUCCAAGAGGUUUACUUCACAUGCGACAUUUGAAAGGGAAAUGGGAAUGUAUGUGCGAGGCAUUGGUUCAAGAUUCUGAACUGAUAUUGAUUUCUCUCUGAGUACUCGGUGUGACUGUAACUUUGAUUUAAUCGUAUUAAUUCUGAGCUGGUUUUUGUACUGUGCGUGACAACGACAGCAACAAGAAGUUAAGUGCACGACACAUUUCAUCAUAAUGGAUAGAAUUUCAGUGACGAGGUUCUCGUUUCGACGCAAGGGCAGCUUUCGAAACAAAGACAAAGAAGCUGAUCAAGCCCAAUUGGGAUUUGAUUUCGACUCCCUGUCAUACUUAAGUCAAGAAGAGGCCCAGAGCAUAGACCAGGAGCUGUUCAAUGAGUAUGCCUUCAGCGUGGAUCAGUUGAUGGAGCUGGCUGGUUACAGCUGUGCGGUCGCUAUCUCAAAGUGUUAUCCACUGGAGAAGAUGUCCAAAGAUAAUGGUGCAGUUCUGGUGUGCUGUGGACCAGGUAACAAUGGAGGGGAUGGACUAGUGUGUGCCAGACACCUGAAAAUGUUUGGCUACAAACCUACAGUAUUCUACCCAAAGAAGCCAAGUAAGAAGCUGUAUGAGAACCUGAACCUGCAGUGUGAGAGAAUGGACAUGCCCUUCCUCUCGUUCUUCCCUUCUGAACCGCACUUAAUCAACCAGUCGUACAAUCUUGUCAUAGACGCCAUAUUUGGAUUCAGUUUUAAGGGCCCCGCACGGCCGGAAUGGGCUGUCGUCCUCGACAAGCUGAAGAAGGUGGAAAUUCCGAUUUGCAGUAUUGACGUCCCCUCUGGUUGGGAUGUAGAGGACGGAGACCCAGAAGGCAUUAGUCCUGACUUCCUCAUCUCCCUAACCGCUCCCAAACGGUGUGCCCGCCAUUUCAAGGGGCACUUCCACUUCCUGGGAGGUCGAUUCGUCCCAAGGACCUUGGAGCAAAAGUACGAACUGAAACUUCCCCCGUAUCCAGGCACGGACUGCGUCGUCGAGCUGCUGACACAGAUGCCGGAGGAAAAAACCGAAAGAAAAAGAGGGGAAAGAUCACAAAGAUCACAAAGAUAAAAAAGAUCACUCUUGAAAUAAUCCUUGUCCAAAUUACAUUUAGCUGUCAUGUGCAGGAUUCUUUAUUCACCCUGGAUCAGAUUCACGCACGUGUAGUAGACUACAAUGAUACUAGCAUACCUUAAUUGUUCUUAUAUUUCAGGCCCUCUAAUUGUUCGGACACUUAUUAUUGUUCGGACACUCAUAAUUGUCCAGACAGUCAUUAUUGCUUGGACACUUUAAUUGUUCAGACACUCUAAUUGUUCAGACCCUCUAAUUGUUCAGACACUCAUUAUUUUUCUUACACUCUAAUUGUUCGGACACUCUAAUUGUUCAGACACUCUCAUUUUUCGGACACUCUAAUUGUUCGGACACUUAUUAUUAUUUGGACACUCAUUAUUGUUCGGACACUCAUU